GAUAGGUCGGUAUAAUCUCGAACUUCGCGUACUGCGUUGGUGUCACUUGGCGAUCAGCAAAUUUUGGAGAAAUUGCCAGAUAAGUGCAACGGCUUUAAGGGAUUUUGCGUUCAAGUAGGAACAACCGGCUUUCUGGGAAGAACCUUACUGAAGCAUUUCCAAAUGGCUACGUUAGAAGACAAAUCGAUUUGGGAAGACGGAGAAGAGACUCUAGGGGAAGACGUUCUACGAAUGUCUACUGAUGAGAUCGUGUCGCGCACACGGCUCCUGGAUAAUGAAAUCAAGAUCAUGAAGAGCGAAGUGAUGCGAAUAACGCAUGAGUUACAAGCUCAGAAUGACAAGAUCAAAGAGAACACUGAGAAAAUCAAAGUAAACAAGACUCUACCAUAUCUGGUAUCCAAUGUCAUCGAGCUGUUAGAUGUCGAUCCACAGGAUAUGGGAGAAGAAGACGGUGCAGUUGUCGAUCUAGACGCGCAACGUAAGGGCAAGUGUGCAGUUAUAAAAACUUCUACACGUCAAACUUACUUUCUCCCUGUAAUCGGUCUGGUCGAUGCCGAGGCGUUGAAGCCAGGUGAUUUGGUUGGCGUUAAUAAAGAUAGUUAUCUAGUGCUAGAGACUCUGCCGGCCGAAUACGAUGCCAGAGUCAAAGCUAUGGAGGUAGACGAACGUCCAACAGAGCAAUAUUCCGACAUCGGUGGACUGGAUAAGCAGAUUCAAGAGCUGAUCGAAGCAGUCGUGCUGCCCAUGACGCACAAAGAGAAAUUCGAAAAUCUAGGGAUUCAGCCGCCAAAAGGUGUCUUACUUUACGGUCCGCCUGGAACCGGAAAAACUUUGUUAGCUAGAGCAUGCGCCGCUCAAACGAAAUCCACCUUCCUGAAACUUGCCGGCCCGCAAUUAGUACAGAUGUUCAUCGGUGACGGAGCGAAAUUGGUCAGAGAUGCGUUCUCAUUAGCCAAGGAAAAAGCGCCAGCUAUAAUAUUCAUUGAUGAGCUUGAUGCUAUCGGAACGAAACGGUUUGAUUCAGAGAAGGCUGGCGACAGAGAAGUACAGCGUACUAUGUUAGAGCUGUUGAAUCAAUUGGACGGCUUCAGCUCAACCGCCGACAUCAAAGUUAUCGCCGCCACGAACAGAGUGGACAUUUUGGAUCCGGCUCUGCUGAGAUCCGGGCGAUUGGACCGGAAAAUUGAGUUCCCGCAUCCCAACGAGGAGGCCAGAGCACGUAUCAUGCAGAUUCACUCACGCAAGAUGAACAUGUCGCCCGAUGUGAAUUUCGAGGAAUUGUCCAGAUCCACGGACGAUUUUAACGGAGCACAAUGCAAAGCUGUUUGCGUAGAGGCGGGUAUGAUAGCGUUACGACGUAAUGCAACGGCAGUUACUCACGAAGAUUUGAUGGAAGCUAUCAAUGAGGUUCAAGCAAAGAAGAAAGCAAACUUAAACUAUUAUGCCUAAUAUGCUUCAUUACGUCACUUAUUUAAUAAG